AGAUCACGAGCUGCCGAAAAGGUUCGAAAGCCAUCCCACGCCCAAGCCCGCUCCGCAAUGAAGCUUUCCGCCUCCACCCUUUUUCCCUCCGCCCUGCUGCUCGGUUGGCUGGACGGGUCUUUCUUCGUUUCCGGGAGACAAAGCGAAUUCGAGACCGAGCCCAUAGCCCGAAAGAUGGGCCGCUGGGAGGUCGCAAGGGUGGGCAGCGACGGCAGUGGCAACGGGGACGACGGGGCCCUCCCCUAUGCCAUCGUGGAUASCCUCGAACCCCUGACCGGAGAGGUCUACUUUGAGGUCAACAAGGACAACUUCGAGGACACCGAUCCGAUCAUAUACGUGGAGGUCUUUGCACGGGUUUCCGAGGGAGCCCCUUGCCACACGGGGUACCUCGUCGAGGGAUCCCAUCGUUUCACCAUCACCACCGGCUUCGAGCCCUACGACGACUACGCUUAUCCGAAAUACUCCAACGGCCGUGUCGGAAGGGCCAUGUACACGAUUUCYCCCAGCCCGUUCGACAUGGGGGAGCGGCAGCGGAUCUUCUUCGAGAAGGACGAAUUCCGACCCCAGCGCCAGUUGCUAUAUUGUAGGUUUCGUUCGUUCGCUUCGGAUCCUUGUGUUGCCUGUUGCUGGAUCACACUCUCGCCGCGAAUUUGCCUUGUGUGUGCGUUUGCGCUGCAUUCCGUAUUUCUCAAGGGAGAAGAUUUUCUAUAUCUCUCUCAUGAUAUUUCAUUUCUCUUUGUCUCUUGAUCCAAUGAUUUCUUGCCGCUGCAYACCCCAGGCGUUCGCGUGUCCACGAAAGUAGACUUCAUGGGCGAUAGYGAAUUGGAUCCCGUUGGAUAUAUCGACACGUUUAUGAAGGUGAAUGUGCAGAUGGUUGGCACGUUUUCCUCCACCUUAAGCACCGACGUCGAAGUCGACUCCAGUGACUCUUCAAACGCCCAAACCAGCAUUUUGGCACGCAUCCCGUUGGCUUCGUAUCUGUGCGACUCCGAGAGAAAUCCGAUCCUCGAAGGCACGAAAUACAUAAUGGGCCAAGUCUUUCGGUACGUGCGCGAACGAGACAGAGGAUCUAAAAUCCGCGCCUGUAGGAUACUCUCAUACUCCAGCCGAAUGCUGGCAAGCUGUUCUUUUUUCCCUGAYCCACUCUUCUUUCCGUCCUUCUUCUUUCUGUGGCCUCUGCCUUGUUUCGCGUAUGAAACGUUCAGAGUUUGCGUUACCCCGGCAGAAAACCUCUCUGACAACCGGCGAUCCCUGCAAGAAGGGGACAUCGAGUACUCRGUGGUCGGAUUCGAUAGCAUYCAUUGCUCGAACAACGGGGUGUAUCGCGAGCUUGUUGAAAAAGAGCUGCCAGGUACCCGGACCACGGUCGAUCCGGUCCCGGACGCCAUCGGGUCGCUCUCCUUCGCGUCCGUGGUCGACYCGGAAUUUUUUGUGGAGGGCGAAUCCUCGUUCUGGUGCGACGGCCGGGUGAAGAUCCGGUACAACGGUGACACCAUAGGCAUGCGAUCUCGAUUCCUGCGGGAGGACGGGGACGAAUACGGCACUUUCGAUCUAGAACUCGAAAUCGACCAGGACCCGCUYGGGUCGCCGCCGGCUUCUCGUCCCUUAACGCUCUGGGAGAUGGUGCUGGGAAAUUAGUAGUUCUAGCAUAGAAUCUUGGAUGACCAAAACUUUUCAGUAGACCUUGAGAACUAAAUAGCAUAUGUACGA